AUGGCGGGGUCCGCGCCCCUCGCUCUCACCGGGGGCCGCGUGCGCAUCGGGACCGUGAUCCCCGCAACACGCCCGCGGGGCUUCGCCAUCACUGACCUGCUGGGUCUGGAGGCCGAGGCGCCCGGGGGCCCUGGCCCGGGGUCUGGGCGCGGAUGUCCCCGCGCUGCGCUCCCGCCCGGAGUCCCACGCACCUUCUCCGACCUGUCGUCUGCACCCGGCUUCGCGCAGCGCAGCGACAGCGACUCCGCGUCUGAUGAUGACAGUCUGUCUGAAGACAAGAGUGACCUGAUGGUGUCCCCUGGCCUGGGCAAGCGGAAGAAGCGGCGGCACAGGACAGUCUUCACUGUUCAGCAGCUGGAAGAGCUGGAGAAGGCUUUUGGAGAGGCCCACUAUCCCGAUGUGUAUGCCCGGGAAAUGCUGGCGUUGAAAACCCAGCUCCCGGAAGACCGGAUACAGGUCUGGUUCCAGAACCGCAGGGCCAAGUGGCGCAAGCGGGAGAAGCGCUGGGGCGGCAGCAGCCUGAUGGCCCAGUACGGGCUGUACGGGGCUCUGGUGCGGCACUGCCUCCCGCUGCCCAGCGCGGUGCUUGGCGGGGCCCAAGGAGGCCCGCGGGGCUGCUGUGCACCCUGGUUGCUGGGUAUGGAUAAAAAAUCCACGGAGAUGGUAAGGACACCAGCAAGUGAGGACAAGCUGGCCGGACUCUGGGCCUCCACACACCUUCACAGUGGUUCCCAAGGAGGCUUGGAUGCAGUGGGACCUGCGAACUCAGACGUGGCCAUGGAUCUGUCCAGCUCUGCCCGGCAGGAGACCAGGCAGUCACAGCCAGGGUCAGAGGUUCAAGGAUGCUCCAAUCCUGAGGGAGUGCAGAGGUUGCAACCAGGAGCAGUGGGAGCCUUAUGA